GAUUGGACCAUGUCGGCCCAUCUCGAGGCAAUACAAAAUGUCCCAAAAACAACAAUUUCUGCGCCAACGCUAUCGAGUUCGAGUAAGCACCAACUUCCACAUUAUCCCGGGGUCGAAGAAAUCUUCAAGAGAAAAAAAAUGAAGCAGGGCCUUCUUCUAUGGAGUCCUUGCUAUCUAUCUCCACCAUCUUUCCACUCAAUUUCCCUCAAUAUUCCAUCAACCAAACGCACUCCGCGACUCGCACCAAUCUCUGCUUCUCUUGAUUCGACUGACACCCAAGUCCAACUGCAGCAGCAGCUAUCAGCCAGGGAGAGAAGGCAGCUAAGAAACGAAAGAAGAGAGAGCAAAUCAGGGUACAACUGGAGAGAAGAAGUUGAAGAGAGGCUCAUUAAAAAACCCAAGAAGAGAUACACUUCUUGGACUGAGGAACUGAAUCUUGAUAACUUGGCUCACUUGGGUCCUCAAUGGUGGGUGGUUCGAGUCUCCCGGGUUAGAGGUCUCGAGACAGCCGAGGUCACGGCUCGCGUGCUGGCUAGGAACUUCCCGAACAUCGAAUUUAAGAUAUAUACUCCAGCUGUUCAGGAGAAGAAGAGAUUAAAAAAUGGUUCCAUAUCAGUUAAACCGAAGCCCUUAUUUCCUGGUUGUGUUUUCUUAAGAUGUGUAUUGAACAAAGAGAUUCAUGACUUCAUAAGGGAGUGUGACGGAGUUGGAGGUUUCGUUGGUUCAAAGGUUGGGAAUACAAAAAGACAAAUAAACAAACCUAGGCCUGUUUCCGUUGAUGACAUGGAGGCAAUCUUCAGGCAGGCAAAGGUGGAACAAGAAAAAGCUGAUCAAGCAUUUCAGGAGGAACAGCAAGGAGAAAAUGCUCUCAUGUCUGAUAAGAUGAAUAUAGAAUAUAAUGUAGAUUCCAAUGGUGUAACAAGCUCCGUUUUGGACACCAAGCCAAAACGAAAAACUAAAAAGAAGUCUGAUACUGUAGCAAAUGGAGCAAAGUAUUCUAAGCAACUAGUCCCAGGUUCAAAGGUUCGCGUAUUGUCUGGGAACUUUGCUGAAUUUAUUGGCAGCCUUAAGAAAUUGAACCGAAAAACUGGAAAGGCAACUGUGGGAUUUACACUAUUCGGGAAAGAAACCUUAGUAGAUCUAGAUGUCAAGGAUGUUGUACUGGAAACAAAGUGACAUGAAUAUGCUCUCCUGAUAUAUCAUUACAAUUGAAGGGUAAGAUCAUUGAGCUAAUGUCCUUUUGCUGUGAGCAUCUUUUCGCCCACAUUGUAUGUAUAUCAUGGCACGGAAGUCGUAACAUACACCUCAUCAUUGCUUGCAAACUUUUGUAGAUGAUUCUCUUAGUUGCUUCCUGUGUCAAUUGUAUCUUACCAUCAGGUAAUAGGAAAUUUUCUGAAUUUGUCUAAUCUGUUUCAAGUCAUUACCCUUUGAUAUAUCACAUUCAUAUUUACCCUGCAGGAUGUAUACAUUUUUUGUGUACAUACAAUCCUAAUUUGCCUAGUCAUUUUAAGAACAUUUUUCGCUUUAUAAAUAUGCUUUACAAAGUUUACAUUGCAGCUGUAUCAAACACUUUGUAGAUUAAUAGAACAUAUUUCUUGAAGAGGCAUCUGGAUAAAACUUGAGAUUCAUGAUGUUACUUGUCUGUUUUAUAUAAAACUAUGUGCUUUCAUAUGCAUGUGUCUGAAGGUGAUGCUCUGCCUAUUUUUAUUUCCUUUCUGAUAGUGGAUUUGCUCAGGCUGAUGCUUGGCUACUGUAAGCUUUCGUUCAGAUGGAGUUAUGAUAUUCACUCAUUAAUCCUCAGAAAACUGGUUUACAUUCCAAGUUGUCCCCUUGCUCCUUUUGUUGACGAUAUCCUAAUUUGGGAUAUGCCAAUUAAGUAGUUAAGGCUUAAUGGACAGGCACCUUCGGAAGUUGGAGCUUGCAGUUAUUAUGGAGUUAAUUGAUUACUAUCAUUGAAUAUGAAUUGCAUAAUAGCAAUAAUGACGUCUCAUCAUUUUUGUUAAAGUCAGUUGAUUACUUCUUUUUUAAAUAUCAAAGCCUGGGGUUUAAUAUUUGGUUGUGGAUAGCCUCUUUUCUGUUUCUUAGAUUGGGUCUUGAGCUGCAACCGAAGGGUAGCUGUACUCCACCUCUUAACUGUUCCUUCCGUUAUAUCUUCCUUGGUUCUGGUUUGCUGGGUACGGCACUGUGUUGUACUGUUAAGUGGAACUUGCUUCUUCUUGUUUCCUUCUAUUUAUUUAUAUACUUCUUGGGAGAGCUAAGAGGAACUUCCUUUAAAAGAAAACAAUAUAUAUAUUUAACUUGUGGAGCAGUUUGGUUUACAUCUAGUGCCCCGUGAUAUUAAAGCUUGGUUAACCAAAGGUACAUUGAUAGUAGUUGCAUUAAUUAUUUAGUUUGUAGUCUAGUGUUUAUUAAGAUAUUGAUUACCUUACAUCCUCAUGGUUUUAGCUUUUAGCUUCUUUCUUCCUCUCGUUAUCAUAGUUUCUUAAAAUUGAUAGUAUAUACCCAAUUUAUACAUUAUUCUUGAACUGGCAAUCACAUGAACCCUAUAAAUAAGAGAAAGUUUUAAUGGGAUCCAAUUGUAGAAGCCAUCAAUGUCGUAAAUAGCUAAGAGCCUAACCUUGGAAUUAGCUUUUGCUUCUUCACUAUUUUCAAGAGUUACUUUAGGGCUUUGGAGACUUGGCUUUAGCUACCUCACGAAAUAAUCUAAUCCCACUAAGACUAAAUUGUCUGGAUUUAGGUUAUGUCAUGACCCGUCUAACUAGUUGAGCUUUGCUGUGAAUGCAUAAUCCAGCAUUGUCCUCUUUGGGUACCCACAAGUCCUCAAGGUUUUUCCACCAACACCAUAGAUUUGAACUUGGAACAUAACACACAAAUGUGUGUCCACAAGUCCUCAAGGCUUUUGCACCCUAAUGUGCAAUUCAUUAGAUUUGAACUUGGAACAUAACACACAUACGAGUUUACUUUACAGAAUGGAUACCAAUUGAUCAAAUCGGGUUCGAAUAUGUGGAGGCACACUUAAGACCUUGAAGGUCCUAUGGGUGCCCAAAGAAGACGGUUCCGGAUUAUGCUGAGCGACAUGGUCCAAAGGACUGGGUUAGGUCAUGACACAGAUUACAUGGUCUGUCUUGGGCUUAAUAGUGGUCCUCCGGUGCUCCACAUUUAGAAAUGUGAAGGUUUUAACCAAACUAGAUAUGCCAGCUUCUUCGAAAUAAUCUGUCCUCCUAUCUAGACAAGGAAACAAUGCUACCUUUUUACACAGUACUUGUUAUGCUAUUUAUGUCCAUCUUUAAUUACUUUAGCUGAUAAGUAGCUAUCUUCAUUCAGCCUGCUUCUUUGUCUCUCUCUAUCUCUCUGGUGGAUUGCCAGACCACUAUCAAGCCCCACUGCAACCUCAAUUAACUACUAUCCUCUCAGCAGUGAUAAAACCUAAGCUCUUUCUUGGAGAUGUUAUUACUAUUAGGUUGUCACUGUUUUCAUGCAUAAACUAUGCAUAUUACUGCGGAUGAUAACCCUUUUUUUUUGCUUAAUCUAGGAAACAGGUGUUGGCUUGAAAGAUGGUAACUAGGUCCAUGUGGGUGUUGUGUCUUUAAUCCAUUUGUUGAUUUCUUGAUCCUAUUGCCAACCCAAGAAAGAGGGUAAAGAUCUCAGCAUAACCAACCAAACCUGAUAGGGUUUGAGGCUUUAGAAAAAAAUCAAUCAAAGAGGCCAAAAGGCAGUAGUCACAAGAAUCGCACCUCAAAAGCUAGUGGUCCCCCUCCCUACCCAUGUUUCAAAUUUAAUGCACAAAACAAGUGCCAGUGCUUUGUGGUUCUAAACUUUGUUCCGAAAGGGUUUUGUUCCACCCAAAGUUCAUAUCCUACCCGGCACCUGUCUUUGUAACCUUAAGCAUUAUAUGCCAUGUGCUUUGUAAAUAAUAGAAUAGACCAUUAAACCAAACAUUUUCUAUUGGUAAGUUAGGCAA